UAAACCCAAAAUGGUUUAUAUUUAUGUUAAAUUCAAUUUGAUUUGUUCUGAACAUGAUAGAUGCCUCACACGCGGCCUAAGAAAGCGAGACUCUUACUUUGAAACGAAUUACAAUGACGGCUGGUAGCUGGUGCUCAGGCGCUAAGUAAGUAAGUUAUAUUUUCUUUUCCAGACGAUGUCGACUGAAAUAAAGCCGUCUUCUGGAUAAUUUGUCCAGAACAUAUAAUACAAAACACAUCCAUUUUCUCGUUUCUCUUGAUAUAAGCGACACGAAACAGAAUUUAGUCAAUACCAAUAAACUAGCUGAGAAUACUUUUUUCAAAACCAGACAUAGAAUUUGAUUUAAAGCCGUUUCGAUACAAAAAUGCAAAAUGAAAACAUGUUUUCUGGUUUCCCCAGCUUUUAAUUUGGUGGGAAAGGAAAACUACCGGGCCACGUAUCGCGUUUCAGCGAAAAGGCGCGAUAAUAGGACCAGCCGUUUUGUCGCGACUCAGUUCUGAGUUACCUCGUGCUGCCUGUUUGUCUCCUAAACGUGACGGUGCAGUUAUGGCGUGUAAAAGAGGUGCCCUUAUUGUGCUGGAAGGAGUAGACAGAGCUGGCAAAACGACUCAGUGCAACAAACUGGUCCAGUCGCUGCAGCAGAGUGGCAGAGCCGUGGAGAUGAUGAGGUUUCCUGAUAGGACCACCAUCAUCGGACAGUUGAUAAACGCCUACCUGGAGAAGAAGAGCGACUUAGAGGACCACACGGUGCAUCUGCUCUUCUCUGCCAACCGCUGGGAACUGGUACCUUUAAUAAAAAAGAAGUUAGAGCAAGGUACCACUCUGGUUGUGGACAGAUAUGCUUUUUCUGGAGUUGCCUUCACCAGUGCCAAGCCAGGUUUCUCUUUGGACUGGUGCAAGAAACCUGACGUGGGCUUGCCAAAACCUGACCUGGUUAUGUUUUUGCAGCUCAGUCCUGCUGAGGCUGCUCUCAGAGGUCAGUUUGGCGAAGAGCGAUAUGAGACUAGUGCGUUCCAAAGAGCCGUACAACAAAAAUUUGAACAUCUAAUGAAGGAUCUUUCAGUCAACUGGCAGGUGAUUGAUGCAUCUCAGAGUGUUGAGGAUGUACACAAACAAAUUGCAUACCACAGCCUCAACGCGAUCAACACAGCGCAGAACCUCCCACUUGGUGAGCUGUGGAAGGCUCCAUAAACCAUAUUUUUUUUAAAACACUGUAUGCAUAUAUUGUUAUUCUGUACAGGAAAUCACACAUUCUUACAAGUGAUGAAAGAUACUUUCAAAUAUCUCUUAUUUUAUUUUUAAUCUUCUUACAUGUCUAUUGUUCUUUCACUUCUAAAUAUUGUGUUGAUUAAAUAAAUUAACUUCAAAUGA